UCAAAAAUCGUGCUGAAAGUAUAUUGUGUGGAAAUAGCCUGUCUGAGAAUAUGCAUUUAAAAAUUGUCAUUUUCAUUUUUGCUUUCAUUGUCCUUGCUUGCAAUGGGCAAAGAAUCACCGACAAGGACUUAUGUAAACGCUUAACACAGCGUUGCAAUGACAGGAGAAGUUGCCAGCCUGGAAACACCUCUGAACGCGGAGUUGAUGAAGUGAACAAGCAUUGCCGUAAUACCAUCGGCACUACCUGGAAGAACAUUACACGUUGUCAAUUGAUGCGUGCACAAUGCGAACUUACUUUAUUGAAAUGUCAGAGGUGGACAUGCAAGAACGUACAGGACGUACUUAAGUAAAUUACUUAAUGUGGAGAAAAAUAAUUGUAUUUAAGAAAUUUUUUACUUCAAUAAAAAAAUUAAUUUUAAUAAACUAAUUAAAAAGUU